GUCCUUCUUUUGGUCCUUUCUAGACUUUCAGUAGCCAUGACACAAGGAAACAGCACUGGAGUAACUGAAUUCUAUCUUCUGGGAUUUGGUGCCCAGCAUGAGUUUUGGUGUAUCCUCUUCAUUGCAUUCCUUCUCAUCUAUGUGACCUCCAUAGUGGGUAAUACUGGAAUGAUCUUACUCAUCGACACAGAUUCCAGAUUUCAAACACCCAUGUACUUUUUUCUACAACAUUUGGCUUUUGUUGAUAUCUGUUACACUUAUGCUAUCACUCCCAAGAUGCUCCAAAGCUUCACAGAAGAAAAUAAUUUGAUAUCAUUUCAGGGCUGUGUGAUGCAAUUAUUGGUUUAUGCAACCUUUGCAACCAGUGACUGUUAUCUCCUAGCUAUGAUGGCAGUGGACCGUUAUGUUGCCAUCUUUAAACCCCUUCACUAUACUGUAAUCAUGUCUCGAACAGUCUGCAUCCAACUGGUAGCUGGUUCAUACAUCAUGGGCUCAAUUAAUGCCUCUGUGCAAACAGGUUUUACAUUUUCACUGUCCUUCUGCACAUCCAAUAACAUCAACCACUUUUUCUGUGAUGUUCCCCCAAUUCUUGCUCUUUCAUGCUCCAACACUGACAUCAACAACAUGCUACUUGUUGUCUUUGUGGGAUUUAACUUGAUGUUCACUGGGUUGGUCAUCAUCUUUUCCUACACCUACAUCAUGGCCACCAUCCUGAAAAUGUCUUCUACUGCAGGGAGGAGAAAAUCUUUCUCCACAUGUGCAUCCCACCUGACAGCAGUUACUAUUUUCUAUGGGACACUGUCUUACAUGUACUUAUAGUCUCAUUCUAAUAAUUCCCAGGAAAAUAUGAAAGUGGCAUCUGUAUUUUAUGGCACUGUUAUUCCCAUGUUGAAUCCUUUCAUAUAUAGCUUGAGAAAUAAUGAAGUAAAAGAAGCUUUAACAGUGAUAGGAAAAAAAGUUCUUUUAAAUUAGCCCCAGUUGUUA